AUGUCAUUCCGUAAAGUGAACCAAAACAUUGAACAUAAAAUGAAGUACACAGUAGCAGCAAAAGAACUUCUUAAAUUCGUUCGAAGUGGUCGGACAAAGAGGCAGACGAACCAAGAGUAUCCACAGACAGGGUUUAGAAUUCGGCGAGAAUACAGAAUGCUUUCUGUUGAGGAACGAACUGCCUUCCAUUCUGCUAUUAAUCAAAUGAAAAUGACAGGACAGUACGACGUUUUUGCUAAUCUACACCAAGGUGCGAUUUUAAACUUAAUACAUGGUGGACCGAACUUCUUUGGCUGGCACAGGGUCUAUAUUGCCAUGAUGGAAGAAGCAUUACGUCGUAUUGAUCCCAGUUUAUCAUUGCCAUAUUGGGAUUCAACGCUUGACUUUGACAUGGUGAAUCCGGAUAAUUCAAUAAUCUGGUCAUCACAGUUUCUUGGAAAUGGCGGCGGAGUAGUCGCAACUGGACCUUUCGCCAAUUGGGCCACCCCGAUUGGUCAGUUAACACGAAAUAUAUCUCGUGCAGGCAUUCUCUUUCGGAAAGAGGAUAUUAGUGCAAUAAUGACUCGUUGUAGAAUAAGUGAUAUAUCAGAACCAACUGCGCUGGAUCAGUUUAACCUGGAGCUUGCCCAUGGUGGGCCGCACAUAUGGGUAGGUGGCCAAAUGUCCGGUUUAAAUACAGCAGCACAUGACCCAGCGUUCUUUCUUCAUCAUGCUUUCAUAGAUUAUAUUUGGGACAUGUUCCGCUGGAAUCAAAUUCAAGUUUGUGGAAUUAAUCCUUUGACAGAUUAUCAGACAACACUGGGCGUCCGUGCAGCGCAACCAAUGGCUGCUUUCCCUGCAUAUAGGAAUAUCGUUGGAUAUAGUUUCGAUUGAAGUAAUCACUGGUACGCAUACGAACGUUCGCCUACCUGUUCUUGGUCGAGGCCAUUUUGUGAGACUCCAUAUUUACGUUGUGACAUUACAAGACAACGCUGUGUCUCGGUUGAACGGACUGAAGAGGAAUUUCCAACACGAAGGACUGGCACACCAACAUUACGUAUUGGCCCUCGCUUUAGGUCACCGCCUACCGACCCAAGAAUUCUGAAUGCUCGGAAAAAAUAGACCGGCAGAUGAUUCCGACGAGCAGUCAAUCAGGUAGAAGAAAAGAAUGCGUAGAAUACAGAAAUUCCAAAACCGAAACAGCCUCCGCUCUAAAUAUUUUGCUGUAAAAUGUAACAUUUCACUUUUCUUUUUUACGUUAUUCAUUUUUACAACGGACAAGGUAAGAUAAUUUGACUUUGAUGAUGGUCAGAUUCUUCUCUGGACCAGAUUUGAUAUAUGUUUUCGCAACAUCAGAUAUAGUCAUAAAGCGAUCACUGCAACACUAAAUUCGGCAAGUCAACCUCUUUCUGUUUCCUAAAUAGAUAAUUGAGUAAAAUGGAAUAAAGAAAUCAUGAAUCUAUUUCUUGAAAACAUAUCUGAGCAUCACUUUAAGAUAAAAAUUAUUUAUACUAUUACUGUUUGAUAUUUACUGACUGGCAAUCCCCGUUUCUAAGUCACACGUCAUUAUCAGAUUUAUAAAUUUUACUUGAUGUCUCAAAAACAAGGACAAGGAUAGGAUAGGAAUAGCCACGUUACUAGAACGCCGUCUCCCCAAACAGAAACCCUACAUCAGUGUAUGUAUGGAUGUGUAGUGAUUGACAUCUACAAAAAAAAACACAUAAAUAGUCGACAAGAGCAAAACAAUGAACACAAUGCGGAACCUACAUGUAAUAGUCAGUGACAAAAAAAACCUCUUGAGCCCCCAGUCUUAAUCUCCUCCUUGUUCCAAAGAUCCAUGACAGUGUACCCGCCUAAAAAAAGUUGAGUUGAAGCUGUUUGGUAAAAUGAACGUAAAAGAAGAUAUUUCCUGAUGUCUACCUAUGCAAUAUAAGCGUUUCACUUGUCUCAGUCACGUGACAAUGGU